AUGUCUAAACAUACAGUUUUAUUCGAACUUGGCUGUGAAGAAUUACCGCCUAAAAGCUUAAAGACCUUACGUGAUGCAUUACAAGCUGAAACGGUUAAAGGUUUAAAAGACGCAGGUUUGGCAUUUGAUUCAAUUGAAGCUUAUGCAGCACCACGUCGUUUGGCAUUAAAAAUUGUCAAUGUUGAUGGUGCACAAGCAGACACUCAAAAGCGUUUUGAUGGUCCUGCCCUACAAGCUGCUUAUGAUGCAGAAGGCAAACCAACCAAAGCCUUAGAAGGCUUUAUGCGUGGUCAAGGCAUUACUGCGGAUCAAGUAUCAACUUUCCAAGCAGAUGUGAAAGGUCAAAGUCUUGACGCUUUACUUCCACAAAUUUUACAAACAGCAUUGGAUAAUUUACCCAUCGCAAAACGUAUGCGCUCUGCGGCAAGCCGUACUGAAUUUGUUCGUCCAGUGAAAUGGGUCGUCUUGUUAAAAGACAAUGAUGUGAUUGAUGCAACGAUUCAGGAUCAUAAAGCGGGUAAUCUGACCUAUGGUCACCGUUUCCAUGCCCCUGAAGCGAUUUCACUCACAAAUUCAGAUGAUUAUUUGCCGAAAUUAAAAGCAGCACAUGUCGUAGCUUCUUUUGAAGAGCGUCAAGCAAUUAUUGACCAACAAGUUAAAGCUUUGGCUGAUGAAGUCAAUGCGAUUGCCAUCGUUCCUGCUGACCUACGUGAUGAAGUGACUGCAUUGGUUGAAUGGCCUGUUGCGCUACGUGCAAGCUUUGAAGAACGGUUCCUUGCUGUACCUCAAGAAGCUUUGAUUACCACGAUGCAAGACAACCAGAAGUAUUUCUGUUUGGUCAAUGCAGCACAUAAAUUACAGCCUUAUUUCAUUACUGUUUCCAAUAUUGAGUCUAAAGAUCCGACUCAAAUCAUUGAGGGUAAUGAAAAAGUUGUACGUCCUCGUUUAUCUGAUGCAGAGUUUUUCUUCUUACAAGACCAAAAGCAGCCGCUUGCUUCUCGUAAAGAGAAAUUAGCCAAUAUGGUCUUCCAAGCACAAUUGGGCACACUUUGGAACAAGUCUGAACGUAUUGCAAAAUUGGCUGUGGCGUUAUCUGCAAUCACAGGUGCAAAUCCUACUGAUGCUGAAAAAGCUGCACUGCUUGCAAAAUGUGACUUAACGUCAGAGUUAGUCGGUGAAUUCCCUGAACUUCAAGGGAUCGCAGGAACUUAUUACGCACGUAUUGAAGGCGAAAACGACGAAGUUGCUGAAGCUUUAGGUGAGCAAUAUUUACCUAAGUUUGCUGGCGAUGUGCUACCAAAAACGAAAACAGGUACAACCAUUGCCCUUGCUGAUCGUUUAGAUACCCUCACAGGUAUUUUCGGGAUUGGCCAAGCACCAACAGGUUCGAAAGAUCCAUUUGCUUUACGUCGUUCUGCGAUUGGUAUCUUGCGUUUGGUGACUGAAAAUAAUCUUGAUGUUUCGAUUGAAGAACUGAUCAAGCUUGCUUUGGCUGCUUAUGGCGAUGUAUUGAAAGAUCAUGCGAAGACUUUAGCCGAUGCUGUCGCAUUCCUUGAAGGUCGUUACCGUGCUAAGUACGAAGACCAAGGUGUUGCGGUUGAUGUGAUUCAGGCUGUUCAAGCACUUUCUCCAAAAUCACCUCUUGAUUUUGAUAAGCGUGUGACGGCGGUAAAUCAUUUCCGUGACUUGCCAGAAGCUGCUGCUUUGGCUGCUGCCAAUAAGCGUGUUGCCAAUAUCUUGGCAAAAGAAGCUGCACCUACAGGUGAGAUUGUUGAAGCUAAAUUGCUUGAAGAUGCUGAAAAGGCGCUAUAUACCGAAAUUCAAAAUAUCAAACCUGCAGUUCAACCACUUUUGGACGCGAAAGACUACACCACAGCGCUUUCUAAGUUGGCUGCGCUUCGUGCACCGAUUGAUGCAUUCUUUGAGAAUGUGAUGGUCAUGGCAGAUGAUGCAGAACUCAAAGCAAACCGUUUACGUUUACUUGCACAGUUACGUGACUUGUUUACAAGCGUUGCAGAUAUUUCGGUGUUACAGCACUAA